GCUUCCCAGGCAGCUGGUCUCAGCAGCAUCCAAGCCCCUCACCAAGUUGCCUGGCUCCCGGAGUGCCCCUGAACCCAGAAACCUGGGAGCUGUGGGAGAGGAGGGAGUGUCUGCUUUGCUCUCGAGGGAGCCCCUAGAGACGGCAGCAGGAUGGGUGGGCGGCCCUCGAGCCCCCUGGACAAGCAGCAGCAGCAGCACCUGAGGGGCCAGGUGGACACCCUGCUCAGGAACUUCCUGCCCUGCUACCGCGGGCAGCUGGGAGCCUCUGUCCUGCGACAGAUCUCCAGUGAGCUGGAGCCCCGGGAGCCAGCCGGAUGCCAGCUGAUGCGCAGUAAAAAACUUCCCCGAGUCCGUGAACACCAAGGGCCUCUGACCCAGUUUGGGGGCCACCCACCUCGGUGGCAGCCGAUCUUCUGUGUCCUGCGUGGGGAUGGCCGCCUGGAGUGGUUCAGCCACAGGGAGGAAUAUGAAAAUGGGGGCCAUCCCUUGGGUUCCAUGGCCUUGACAGGGUAUACUGUCCUGACUUCCCAGCGUGAAUAUCUCCACCUAUUGGACACUCUCUGCCCAGUCUCCUCAGGAGAGCAUACACAGGAAGAGUCUGACCCCCUCCUGGAAAUGCCGGUGAACUUCCCCCUAUUCCUGAAGCACCCCUUCCGCCGGCACUUCUGUUUCUCUGCAGCCACGGGAGAAGCGCAGCAAGCCUGGAGGCUAGCCCUACAGGGUGGCAUCCGGCUCCGUGGCACAGUCCUGCAACGAAGUCAGGCCCCCGCCGCCCGUGCCUUCCUGGACGCCGUGAGACUCUAUCGGCGGCACCAAGGCCACUUUGGCGACGACGAUGUGACCCUGGGCUCGGACGCCGAGGUGCUGACCGGGGUGCUGAUGCGGGAGCUGCUGCCGGCGCUGCGAGCCCAGACCCUGCCCGGCCUGCGGGGGGCCAGGCGCAACCGUGCCUGGGCCUGGACCGAGGUAGGAGCGGGGUCGCGGAGGUGGGGCCGGGACACGCGGGGGGACCGGAUCCGGGGGCCCAUCUCCCCCCUUCCUCGCCACUGUCCCCUAAACUCUCUCUGCGUCUCUCUGCGUCUCCGUCUCUCUGUUCUCGCACCCCCGCCCCAUCUCGGCUUCCUCCCGCGCCUCUGGCCCGUGUGGGGUCCCCUCGGCCGGGCCGGGCAGCUCCUAGACGCAGUGCACGCCGCCGUCCUGGCCCAGGCCUCCGCCGGGCUCCGCGCCUUCCAGCCAGAAAAGGACGAGCUGCUCGCGGUCCUGGAGAAAACCCUCCGGCCCGACAUGGACCAGAUACUGCGGCAGCAGGAGCGCUUGGCUGGGAAGCUGCGGGAGCUGCCUCCACCCCCUUUGCGGAGCACCUGUGGAGGAGACCCAGGCUACUGUCUUCCACUCCCAGUCGAGGUCCAGCGCCCCCUGGAGUCGUGCCUGCGCGGGAAGGUGGACACACAGCUGUCCCUGGUCACGCAAAAGCUGCUGAGCUCCAUGGAAGCCGUGCUCUCGGCAGUGCAGACCCUCCUAGCUCAGGGCAUGGACCGCCUGUCUCGCCAUCUGCGUGGGAACUCCUCUGGCACGCAGCUGCGCAAGGAGGUUUACUCAUUUGGGGAGAUGCCGUGGGACCCAAAGCUGAUGCAGACCUGCUACCGUGAGGCUGAGCGAAGCCAGGGGAGCCUGGGGCAGCUGGUGGUGCCAUUUGGCUUCUUUGGAACACAAAGCCUGGUGUUUGGGGCCCAGGAUCUCGCACAGCAGCUUAUGGCCGACGCCGUGACCACCUUCCUACAGCUGGCGGACCAGUGUCUGACCACAGCCCUGGACUGCACCCAGGCUGCCCAGCAGCUGGAGAAAGUCCGGGGACGUGUGCUGAAGAAGUUCCAGUCAGACAGCAGCUUGGCGCGGAGCAAGUUCAUCCGCGGGUGGCUACUCUGCAUUUUCUUGCCCUUUGUGUUGCACCAGCUGGAGAGGAGCUGCAAAGUGGAGCUGCUUGAGUUCGAAGGAGACGUCCUUGCUGUGGGUAGCCCAGCCCUGACCAUCGAGGACAUCUAUAAAGACAUUGUCCAGGGGGUCCUGCUGCAAAGGAUUGACAGAGAAUUGAAAAAGGCCCUUGGUGCCAGUGACGUGUCUUGCACUCCGGAUGGCUGCUCGGAGGCCCCAUGGGACCGGACAGGAGUAGAUGAGGAAGCUGAGGCUCAGAGAGGAACUUGCCCUGGGCAGCCAGGCUCUGGUACUGAGGUCCGGUCACUCUGCCCGCUGCCUCCUCCUAGAACAUUCCGCAGUUGAGUCUUUGGCCACCUCCGUCCUCGUUCCCAUUGGAUAAAUGUCUACUAGUGGAAUUUCAGAGUCAAGCAUAUGCACCAUUUCAAGGCUUUUAUAACCCUCAUACCUCCACCUCAUUCCUCUCCAGAAAAGCUGGGUUUUUUUUUUUACACUCCGAUCAGCGGCAUUUGUGCAUAUUCUCCAUAUCCUUUCCAAACACUAGAAAUUUUCACAAAAGAAAAAAAGUGAAUUUGAGACACACACAUUUCAUUGUUUAGUUUGAAUUUCAUUAAUGAUUACACUGAACCUAAAAAUAUGUUUAUUGGCCAUUUUUAUGUUUGUACUUUUUGUUGUUGUUUUUUAAGUGAAUUGCAUGUUCAUGGCUUUUACCUACUUUUCAGGAGAGUUCUUAUUGAUCUCUAGUAACUCUUUGUAUAUUAAAGAUAUUAA